UUCGCUCUCCGCACUCACUCAACUGUCCAGACCAAGCCAAUCAACUCGUUAGUGCAAAAACGUGACCCGCAGGACGGAGAGAGCAACACAACAAAAACCUCAACACGCGUAAAGGAAAUUAAAGAUGGACAAGAUGUGGAAUUUAAUUUCUUUGUGCUCCACAUUUUUCUUUAUUCUUCAAUCGGGUAUUACUUUAGGAUGUUCUGUUCCCUUUAGUCCAAUUCCACCGACAAUUAAUGAGAAAGUUUUUCACAGCGACGUGGUCCUAUCAGGGAAAGUUGUAGGCAAGCAACUGGACUUGCAAAGAAGCAUGUUCGGAUCGCCGGUUUACACUGCACAUUUAAAAGUAUAUUGCAUCUACAAAGGGGAAGCUACACCACAGAACCUUACAGUGUCAACUGUUGGAGAUCCCGGCAGCAACUGUCCUUCCAUCCAUCUGCGAGUCCGUCAGGAGUAUAUCCUCCUGCUCACCAGAACCGCAGACGGGAGAUACGUCCCAACAUACUUCCCGGAGGCGUUUACACAUGGAACCAUGACAGACGUUCUGAAGAUGUGCGGGGUGCGAUCACUGCACCCCACGCUCAGCCGCGACGAGCGCAUUUUGAUGUCAUGUGGCGCCGUUAGCCAUGGGGACUGCAUACCCCAUGAACCUCAUAUCAAGCCACCUAUAACAACACCACAACCUCAGAUCGUUGCUCCAACAACGACACCUGCUGCAGAAGUGAAAUUACAACCAAAAAUGGAGCAAAAAAGUACCAAAAUGCCUAUGACAACUACAGGGAGAACGACAACAUCCAUGUUACCAACUGCGACAACCAUGGAAGAAGUCGAAACUGCGACAACCGCGACGACAACGAAAACGAAAUCGACGACGAUGUCAGCACCCACAAUGAAAUCGGAAAAGUCGCCAUCAAAGGAAAAGGAGCGGCAGAAGAUGAAUCGGAAUUCGAAAUAUGAAUCGAGCGAUCCACGAGAUGAGCCGAAUGAUGCUAUGGGUAUGACGGUCGAGGUGAUGAGUGAGCCAGUCGCUACACAGACCAAGUCCAAGUCAGAGGAGAAGAAAACCAUUGAAAAGAAGGAAAAGCGGGAACCAGCCCUAGAUGCCGUCGUGGACAGCAAAGGCUCUGCCGAAGCACUGCGAAUAUCGAUUGCAUGUGUUGUAAUGACGCUGGUAGUGACACUAUUAAUGAAGCAAUGAACGUUCUGUUUUGCUGAUAGUGAUUAGUUCUGACUUUUUUACAAGGCUUUGCGAGAAGCAUACUUACUCGGGUAUGGAUAUCAUUUAUGGGGUAUCAUAUCUGUUUCUGGAGGCGAGGGAAAAAGACUAGAAAACAUCAUACAUCUACAUAAAGAAAUACCCCUAGUUAAGGCUUGGUCCUGGGAGCCCUGCGUUGGGUAUACUGGUAGAAAGGUACGGCCUGGGUUCUAGAGGACAACCAAUCGAAAAACGGCAAGCCGUUAUUGCUAGACAUUGAAAAUGUAGAAUCUUGAUAUUCAAAACGGAGCAGGUACUGCCGUCUUUCCUCAGCUCCUCGCAUAUCUAGCAAUUUAUUCGAGAUAACAUAGAAGACUAUGGGUAGUGUAUAUAAAUUAAUAUCUCUUUAACAUGUUUGUGGAUGAUGUAGUGAAUCAACGAAAGGAGGACGCGUCUGAGCGAGGGGCCGCUCCUAGCGUCCGGGUCGACCAGAAUUGAUAUUGAUUGGUUUUUUACUUAUUUUCAACAAACUGCAACAAAUGAUUAUUUUACAUACAACUGAAAAGGAUAGAACACAGCACAUACUGUUAGGGGACGUGCUAUUAUCUGUAAAUAAUUUUGAAAUAAAUUGUAUUCGAUACUCACUAUUGUGAUGCUACCGAUGACAAAAUGGACAAAAUCUAAAACAAUCGAUACAACAAUGCAACAAUACAACAAUUACAUUGUAAACAUUUCAAAAGAAUGUAUCGUCUGGGACAGAUCGGCAAGUACACGUAUCAUUAUUUCGUGUAACCUGGUGGACACUACGCGACUCAUUUUACAACUGUCCCGCCAUACUGUUAUGCAUGGGGACACUUAGUCAUGUAGAACGGACCGAAUCCCAACGACGGACCAGUUUACGAAGCAUUCUCACAGCCUAACUUCGAAUGAGAUUUUACACAUCGGGAUAGUAAGAACGCCUUAUGGUUAUGCUAAGCAAUGAUUAGACGUGAACCAACGGCACCAAUAAUGCAGCCAAUAGAAAAUGUUGAACAACGUGAAGGCAAACGGAAACAAAAAUCUCGACGCUAGUUCUACUUUUUCGGCAGGUGUCUUAGCCUUGUUGUUCUUCGGGGGAAAUCUGAAUUUGUCUCUUCUUUGAUAAGUUUGACUGUCGGCCAUUUCGACAUCAGUAUCAACCUGAAAGAAGAGAGUAGUCGUGACAGCACAUGGUGGCCUGCAAAGGGAAACAGCUUCCCUCUCAAAUAGCUCUACAGGAAUUCUAAGUUUUAUUCGACCAUCAAGGACACACUUUUUCAGCAGGAUGUUGCGUUGCUUUCAAUCAUGGCGCUAAUGCAUGGCCGACCACUUGCGACAUCCCACUUGGUCAAUUUCUGAAGAUUCGGACACUUACCCGCGAAAGAUUACCAUUAUCGUUUUUUCUGAGAUUCCCCGCAGUAAGAACGGAUGGAUUCGCCAGG